AUGCUCAACGAAUUGAACGAAGCAGGGAAGAGAAUGGGACUACGAAUAAACAGAAAGAAGACACAGUUCAUGAAGAACGCCUACUGCGAGGACAGAGGAGUACAACUUGAAGGCUCCCAAAUCGUGGAAACUUCGUCAUACGUAUACCUUGGACGUUAUAUGAACAUGGAAAACGACUUGAAGGAAGGACUGAAUAGAAGAAUGAGGGCAGCAUGGGCAGCAUUCGCAGCCGUCAGGGAAGCUACGGACCAACUGACGGACCAAGAUCUUCAUGCCCAUCUGUUCGACUCGACAGUUCUUCCAGCGCUCUGCUACGCGGCGGAGACGUGGGCAGACACCGCUGCCACGUCUAGGAAGCUACUUACUACCCACAGAGCCCUUGAGAGAUGUCUCCUGAAGUUUAACCGGCGCACACAACACCUAGCCGGUCUUCGUAGCUCCGACUUAAAGGCACCACGAAUCUGA